AAGUUAGGCUCAGGAAUCACGAUAAGCAAAGUGCGUUCCAUUACACCUUACCAGCUUGCGGCGGAUACUUAUUCAGACAGCACACACAGCAGCCCGGCAACGGUAGCACAGUUUUUUGGCCGCUACUACGGGAUCGUUCAGUCGUUCUAGAGUUCUGCACCGACCACCGACGUGCGUAGUGAAGUGAAGAGGCUAGUGGAUUAAACGAACUAAACGGAGAGCACGUGGAGAGCAAUUUGAAACCGAAACCGGACCGAUCAUGGAAUUUCGCACCAGUCAAGCGUGGAAAGUGUUUACACUUUUCCUGGCGGAGUUCUUCGGCACCGGGAUGCUGCUUUUCGGCGGAUGCAUGGCCGGACUGGACGGGUUCGACAACGUCACCAGCAACCUUAGCCGUGGCAUCACGUUCGGAAUGGUCGUUAUGAUGGCGUUCAUUACGUUCAGCGCUACUUCGGGAGCGAUUAUUAAUCCGGUCGUGUCGCUGGCGGCCUACAUCUACGGUACGCUCUCAUUCCCGCUGAUGCUGCUUUACAUCGUCGCUCAGUUUGCCGGAGCACUUUGCGGCUACGGACUUUUGCGGGCGGUCACCCCGUGGCAGUACUAUCUGCAAGCGCUCGAGCUCGGCGAUGGGCACUGUGUCACGGUGCCGCACGCGAGCCUUUCGUCCGGAAUGGCGCUCGCCGUCGAAAUCCUGCUAACCGGCAUACUGGUGUGGACAAACUGUGGCGUCUGGGAUCCACGCAAUAAAAAGGAUAGCGAUUCGGUGCCGAUCAAGUUUGCCUUUCUGAUUGCGGGUCUUUCGAUCGCUGGCGGACCGAUUACGGGGGCGAGCAUGAACCCGGCCCGAACGCUAGCCCCAGCCAUCUGGAAUCAUUCGUACGAAGGACUUUGGAUUUAUUUUGCCGGACCUACCGUCGGUUCCAUUCUGAUGGUGACCACCUACCGGUACAUCUUUUGGCAAGACGCAAAACCCAUCGCCGAGUGUGUGUGCAGCAGCUGUGCUGUGGACGGUCCGGCGAAACAAGAGCUCCGUUCUGCCAAAAGUAUUAUGCCUUGACGUUGAUUACGAACGAAUAAUAAUGUAACCUUCCACCGCCAUCGCCAAGUACCAGUUCGUCGCCGUAAGCCGCCAUAAAACUGAGACCUGUCCCGCGCAAAAAGGGUGGGACGGUCGUCCUCGCAUUCGCUCCAUAACCCGCAAGCAUCGCAAAACGGACACGGUGUGGCUGCUACGAUAGGUAAAUUAGCCUUCGGAAAUUACCUCCCGCCGGUCUGUCAGCGGACUUUGUUGAUUGACCUUGUUAUCGGCAAAGAUAAGCUUCAAUCAUCGAGUCGUCGCAGUCACUGCGACGAUGCGCCACGCAGAACCGUAGUUAGUACGUUACGUUCGGCCGGGACGACCGGUAGUCGACCUGUUGAGUUUGUCACAAUUUCCACUCAACAACCCCCGCCAUCGAUCGGUGCGCGUGAGUGGCGUCAAGUAGUCAAGGCCCUUAAUCCACCCCAUUCAAACACAAAAAACACACACACACUCACCACAUUCCGCAAGCAACAAAGUGAGCAGCAGCAAAUUUUUAAUGUGCUCAAUUAGAAACAACGUGAAACCAUCCCGCUAUACCAAACAUAGCGUGCGUAAGUAGUGAGUAGCGGUGGUAGAUAUGACGCACAACGGAUUAUCAAUACAGCCCCGGGAACAGAUUGUUCGCCACAAUGGCGAAGGAAUGCCCGCCAAUGGAGUGCACGCGUCGGAGGAUGCUGUUCCGAAUGAAUUCAGGAAGGGUCAAGCUCCGUGGCAUACAAAAAGUGAGUUGUGAAUUGGCAGAAAAUAAGUUCACUGAUGAUCAUCGUACGGUUCGUUCGGGUAAUUUGUUCGAAUGCAAAUAGUUUCGAUUGGAUUAGUUUGGAUUGGCAGUAUGGGGGCCGGCUGGGAACCAGUGCAGAAAGGGACCGUGUGAAGAAAACUACGAAUUUUGUGCGCAAUUUUUGCUGUCCCAGACGAUAAACCAAUAACAUAAGCUUCCUGCUGCCCUUAAUCCGUGAUAAGAAUACCUCUUGCGAUAGCUUAAAUAGCGCCCUUAAAGGCUUGUCUAUGAUAGUACAAAAAUAAUGACGGCAAUGAUGAUUCUCGUGUCGAUAAUAAUUUUGCUCGAAAGGGAUAUUAAGAAAAGCAGCAAAAUUUUUAAUAACAUUUAGGACAAACGAGUAGAAGUAUUCUAAUCAAUAUUCUCUAACACAACCAUAAUAGGUGAAUAAAGUUGAUGAGAGAACUAUCAACGGUAAAUCCUUUUUUAGUUGCAUCGAGACCUUCGUUCCCUUCUUGGCCCUUAACGGGUGUGUAUUGUUUUGAUGAAUCAGCAAAAAUCAACCACUGUGGGCUCAAUAUCUAAUCUUAGCCAA